AUCUAGAAACGUUCUGCAAUGUUAACAUACCUCCCUGGAUAGCUCUCUUAAAGUCUUAACUCUCCCAAACACAAACAAACAAACAAACAAACACACGAACACACGUACACACGUACAACCGAGCGAGCAAACAGGAGGGUAGAUAUGACUAUCCCUUCAGUGAGCCUCACUGAGCAACAGAACAUACAGCAGAUCCUCGCUCUGGAUGCUAGGUACAACAACAAUCGGAACACAGCACCUCACACCAAGACAUUGUACAUGAGACGCAGAUCACAGCUCCUACGAGAGAGGAGUGACAGAGACAGAUACUUCCAGUUGAGAUCUAAACUCCUCUCCAGCAAAUACCCUUCUGUUCUCACACCAUCUGACUACAGGGCAGGGUCCAGGGCGAGCAGUAUGCACAGUAGAACCUGUAGUAUGGACAGUCUGGAUAUAAUCGCUCCCCAACCUAGCGGCACACCGCAGACUGGUCGUAAGAAGGGAAAUCAGCUGACACCUAGAAGACACCACACUCCUAUAAGAACUGCUACUCAGCCUGAUAAGGACAGUUAUGCGUUUACAGACAUGCCUCAUAUCUUCGACCAGCACUCCAAAGCGGUGAGGCUGGUGCGGUUUGCUCACAACAGCUGUACUCUACUAGCAUGCUGCUCAGACGACUUCACUAUCUCCCUCUGUAACCUUGCUCCUUACAGUGUCAAGUGUGUGCUAGAGGGACACACCGGUCCUGUUAGGGAUAUGGACUGGUCUAUAGACAACAGCUCCCUCCUGUCCGUGUCAGUAGACGGUACAGCCCGACUCUGGAGAUGUGACUCUGGUACUUGUAUCCGCACUAUCGCCUCCUCUCACCCCCUCACUGCUAUCAGAUUCCAGCCAAUGAACAACAACGUGUGCGUGGCGGGAGACGAAGAAGGAGUACUGAGGGGUUACAAUCUCAGCACUGGGAAAGCUCUGUCGGGAUCUAGGGAGCGAGUUAGCAACAGUUUGACCUGUCUAGAGUUCGGUCCUAAUAGCAGUAUUCUCUGGGCAAGCAACAACAAGGGUCAGAUAUACUCCGUCAGUGUCAACAUGCUGACGUGUCAGCUGAAAAGGAUGAAGUGUACUUCUAUUCCUGGAGGAGGAUCCGUAGUGAGUUUAGCAGUGAGGGCAGGACAUCCUUCACCUCUACUAUUAGCCUCCUCUACUUCAGACCUUAUCUUCAUGUUCACUAUAGACAAGGACGUGUUGCUACUGGUUAGGAAAUGCUCUGCUAAACUAAACGGUCUGCCGAUAAGAAGUGUCUUCUGUCCUAUCGCUACUGCUCAGAGGGGAGCGUUUACAGUAUCAGGUUGUGUUGACGGGUCUGUUCUUGUGUUUGAUAUGGAGAAAGGGAAAGCAGUUAACAAGCUACAAGGACAUUCUUGUCCGGUGUACGGCGUAUGUCUGAGUUACGACGAGAGCUUGCUGGUCAGUUCUGACUCUUCCGGUACUGUCAUUGUAUGGCAAAAACGAUAAUGAAAGGGAAACUGGUAAUGAAAGAGAAACAGAAAGUGAAUCUUCUGGUACCUAUCUUCACAUGCGUGUGACGCUAAUUCAUCUUUGCUGGCGCUGUGUACCUCUGUUUUACUUCUCAAGACAAGCGAGAAAUAUUUGAGCAAUAGCAAGUCGAGAAAUGGUAAUGGUAUUGGUGAUGUAGUGAAAAUAUUGUGAAAAUAUUGUGAAAGAUGAAAAUUUAACUUUUAUGGUAUAAUCAUUGGAGAUGACUAAGGGUUUUUAUCUUUGAUUUUAGUGACAACAUAAGAAUGCUUUUCAAAUUAAAGAUCAGAACUUCAUUAUCUUAAACCACCAUUUUCAUUUGACUCAAUUCUAUGAUUUAUUGAACGGCCCGGCCCGGCUCAAUCCUUACUUCCUUAACAUACAGGGUGGCCCAGGAGUAACUGCCCACACGCAACCCUUCAAUAACUCACGUAAUUCUUCUUAGAAUUGCACCGAAAUUUUAGAGAUUUUAGAUAUGGGUCAAACUUAGAUUUCUUGAAAGUUUCGUCAAAUUUAAUUAAUUACAGCUAGGAACUUCAAAGUUUCUAGACACAUUUGGUUUGAUAAUUGAAGUGCUUUCCCAAAAUUUCAUGCCACAGAAAGUGUGACCUUUUUUAGAAAUGAUACAAAAUAUUAUGAAGGAGAAGUUGCUAAAAACUCUUCAUCACAUUGUUGUGUCACUAGGUGUCGAAUUCAUGCAUACCAAAUUUCAAGUCUCUAUCAAUUUUUGAUUUCUCACAAAUUGCUAUUUUUUAUGGUGCUAAAUUGUUAAAAAUAACCGUGAAGUUUAAUUUUGUCAAAAACUAUUGAAGUGGAAGAAAGUCACACUUUAUGCGGUACACCCUGUAUGUAUAUAUCCUAUCAUAUAUAAUACUAAUAUGAUUAACACUCAGAAUUCUGUUUUAAUCAUUCUAAUAAUUCAUUUCAUUUCAAUAGUGUUGAUAUGAAUGCCCUCCUUCUGAAUCUGAUUUUAAAAUGUUAUAUUAAUUCCAUUCUGAUUUGGGAUGUAAUUCUUAUCAAUGCCAUGUUGUCAAGACCAAUUAAUGUUAUUUAAUUUUACUUCUAUUAUACGUGAACAACUUAAUAGCAGAUAUUCGAUUUACACAUGUUCUGUUUCCAUCGACCCUCAUGGCUUGUCCUGGAUGCGACCAAAUUUGUGACAUUAUCAAAUUAUACCAAUCAAUAAAAUUGUCAAAACGACAUCUUCAUACUCCUAAGCAAGUAGAAUAAUGUCCUUGUAUUGUCAAUCUGUAUUUUGUCCCACCACAUCACCAGGUAAAUAAAUAAAAUAAUACUGCAUUGCAGCAGGUUCUGGUCGGAGUUUUGGAACAUUGCCAGGACAGAUUUGCCAGGGCCUUUAAUUAAUUAACGUCGCUUAAUAGGGGUAAUGGGGUCACAGGAAACGCGUCUGUGUACACAUUUGAUUUUGCUAUUUUCACUUUAAGUAUAAAAUAAGUUGAAGUACGUUUUGAAGGUUAUUUAAUUUGACAUCAUUAAAUUAAAAAAAGAUAAAACGUUGUUUGUGUUUCCAAUUUACAAUUGUGCAAUAAUAAUGAUUUUUGUUGUUUUGAAUUUG